AUGGGUGAAUACAGUCGUAAAAGCCGUCCGCUUCCUGACCAGGACAAAGAUAUGGACCCCCGUAAUAAGACUUGCGGCAAUCCGGAAGGGCGCGGUGCACGAGCGAACACAGGCUUCCUCACAUUCGCUUAUAUCUUCUACCAUCCAAUCUUUGAAUUCGAAGGCAAUCACGGCAGGGGCUUGGGGCGGCGUGUCUUUGUUGGAAAUACUAUCCACAUGUUUACAGGCUUCCAGAAGGCUUGGGAUAAACAAAAGGAGAAAAAGAUCCAGUGA